AUGGCGAGCACGGUGGCUUUCGAAUUCAAUAAAGCAACUCUGAAACUAAGGAGAAGUCUCCACAUGUCACCAAGGAAUUCUCCUGAAGUUCAACGGAAAUCAACAGCUGGUGGAGAUACAGAAAUUGAAUCACCGGGAAGCACUCAAAGUACAUCUAGAAAAAGCUCAAAGCGAAAUCGUCAACUAUGUGCGGAGCUCUCUUCAUUUGCCCUCUAUCCACUUUUCGGAGCCCUAUCUCCAUCUCAUUUUUCAUCUCCAAACCUUCUUUUCCAAAAUGAGAAAAAACAACCGAAAGAAGUUGUUGAAUUCCUGCAAUUAUCGGAUACGGACAUGUAUCAAAUCAUGUGCUUUUUGAAUCCCAGAUCGCUGUUGAAUCUGUCACAAACAUGCGGCCGACUACGGCAGCUAUGUUUGUCUCAUGAAGAAAAUACUGAAAAAAGAGAUGUAACUUCACAUGAAAUAUUUAUUUCUUUCAAUCAAAUACGACGUAAAACUGAGGUUCGGCUUCUGAAAAGGGAGCGAACACGUACAGAUCCUCAAUUCACUGGCAACACUAUUCGAGAACUUCUAGCACCUUUUUCGCGAGCAUUAACAAGGAUCACAUUUGAAACAACUGUAUUUGUAACAGAUUGGCUGGACGAGAUUCUUGAAUUACACCAACAGAAUCGACUGAUACCAUUGAGUCUCGUUUUCACUGGAGGUGCACUCACAAAAGGAAAUCAAUUGACAGGAGCAGACUUACGUUCAAUUACUGAAACUGAAUUUGUUGACUUUGUUGCAAAGCUUCAGCCUCAUCUGCAGGAAGUUCAGUUGAGUACUUCAAGAAUGUUCAAAAUGAACACGGAUCCGCCUCGUCUUCUUGCCAUGAUUACAAUGCUCUCAAGCUUCGGAAUUGUCUAUGAACGACCGCCAUUACGUUUUUACUACGAAGAGAUUUCUGAUGCUAUCACAGUUCGCCUAUAUACAUCAUUAUAA